UUGGACACUUUCAAAGUCAUCUCAGAGCUUCCUUACGACAGCUUCGGCGCUUACAUCAUCUCAAUGGCCACUGCUCCCUCAGAUGUCCUAGCAGUUGAGCUCUUGCAACGCGAAUGCGGGAUCACUCAUCCUCUUAGAGUCGUCCCUUUGUUUGAGAAGCUAGCGGAUUUAGAAAACGCUCCUGCUUCGGUUGCACGUCUCUUCUCGAUAGAGUGGUACAGAAACAGGAUCAACGGUAAGCAAGAAGUGAUGAUCGGGUACUCUGACUCGGGCAAAGACGCUGGACGUUUAUCAGCAGCGUGGCAGCUGUACAAGACGCAAGAAGAGCUUGUGAAGGUUGCGAAAGAGUUUGGAGUGAAGCUGACAAUGUUUCACGGGAGAGGUGGGACUGUUGGGAGAGGAGGUGGACCUACACAUCUUGCUAUCUUGUCUCAGCCUCCGGAUACCAUUCACGGGCAGCUAAGGGUGACGGUUCAAGGAGAAGUUAUAGAACAGUCUUUUGGAGAAGAGCAUUUGUGUUUUAGGACUCUUCAGCGUUUCACGGCUGCUACGCUCGAGCAUGGAAUGCAUCCACCGGUCUCUCCUAAACCGGAGUGGCGUGUACUUAUGGAUGAGAUGGCUGUUAUUGCCACUGAAGAGUACCGUUCUGUUGUCUUCAAGGAGCCUCGCUUCGUUGAGUACUUCCGUCUGGCAACACCUGAGCUUGAGUAUGGAAGAAUGAACAUAGGAAGCAGACCAUCAAAGCGAAAACCGAGUGGAGGAAUUGAAUCUCUACGUGCAAUCCCAUGGAUCUUUGCGUGGACUCAGACGAGGUUUCAUUUGCCAGUUUGGCUAGGCUUUGGAUCUGCAUUCAAACGUGUGAUCCAGAAAGACGCUAAGAAUCUCAACAUGCUCAAAGAGAUGUACAACCAGUGGCCUUUCUUCCGUGUCACAAUCGAUCUAGUCGAAAUGGUUUUCGCCAAAGGAGACCCUGGAAUCGCUGCUCUUUACGACCGUCUCCUUGUCUCUGAGGAGCUUCAACCCUUUGGUGAACAGCUUCGAGUUAACUAUCAAGAGACCAGACGCCUCCUCCUCCAGGUGGCGGGUCACAAGGACAUUCUUGAAGGUGAUCCAUACUUGAGGCAAAGGCUGCAGCUACGUGACCCAUACAUCACGACAUUGAACGUGUGCCAAGCCUACACGCUGAAGCAGAUACGUGACCCGAGCUUCCACGUGAAAGUACGACCACACUUGUCUAAAGACUACAUGGAGUCUAGUAAACCAGCGGCUGAGCUAGUUAAGCUGAAUCCAAAGAGCGAGUAUGCACCUGGACUUGAAGACACUGUUAUCCUCACCAUGAAGGGUAUAGCCGCCGGUAUGCAGAAUACCGGUUAAGGCUUUUUAAAUUUAUCAUCUAAACCGUCUUUUGUACUAUUCCCUAAUAUCUUAGCUAUGUAUUAUUAUUCUACGAUGUGAUAAAUCUCUCUGAAUCCUACGUACGCUUUUCUUAUGAGCAUGAUAAUUUCUUGUUAAGCAUU